UCCUUUCAUUUCCAUUCAAACAAGCUGACCCCCAAGUAAAAUCCAAACAGUGUGUUACUCAAACCCUCUCCGACACACACACAAACAGGGCAAUGGCCUUGCUCGGCGACGAUGGACGGGGAUACGAACUCGCUCGCAAGCUCGAAAGCCAAGGCGUGUGGCGGUCAUGGCUCGGCGACUCACUCUACGCCAACUUUAUUCACUUCCUCUCUUCGCCAUCUUCAUGGGAAGUCUUCUUGAGAAACGAUGCUUCAAAAUCUAGGGCUCAGAUCCAACUCCAACUCAGAGUUCGUGCUCUCCUCUUCGACAAAGCCUGUGUCUCUCUCUUUCUACGCCCCACUCAACCUUCAUCGUCUUCAUCUUCUUCUAGUGCUUCUUCGACUGCAAUUUCGAAGCUCAAUCCCACUUAUUUGCAGUUGCACGGCGAUGAUGUGUACUUCACUUUGGACAGUUAUUCACAAAAUGGGGUUCAGCAGCGAGACGGUGUUAUCACGUCCAAUUCGGUGACCUCAAAGUUUCUGCAGCUUCAACCUAAAGCUGCCAUUGGUGUUAUGUCAAGAUAUGGCGAAUCAGAAAUUGAUAAUGUGACUCAGAGAUUUAGGCAUGAAGAAUUGCCCGAAUCAUGGUAUAGCCAAUUUUUUGAGAAGCAUAGAGUCAGCAAACCAUAUAGGUUAUCAUUUGGGGAUCGAGAAAUAGACAGACGCACACCUGAGCAGAUGUCUACUUAUCUUAGAAUUCUUGAGAAGCAUAAGAGAAGACGAGUAGCAUACAAGGAAGAAAAAAACAUGGGAUUUGGCAAAUCUAUAUUGGAAAAUGGGUCAAAUUUGUGCCCAAACUCAGUUUUAGAUGACAAUAAUGCUAUGGAUGACGAGUUUUUCCCUGAAACGAUGUUCAUGUUGAACUGCGUUCCUGAUAGCGCACUCCCUCCCAUAAAUCGAGUGGAAUACAACCAGAAAGUGGAGUUCAAUGGAGUCCUUGAUAACCUUCCUCAAAUUAUGACUAGGAGCCCUAUUAUGAUUGAAAGGCUUGGUAUUAGGCCAGAGUACCUUAGUAUGGAACAAGGAGGAAAUCAAAGUCGUGGGAAAGGUGGGUCUGAAGGUAACAGGAAACAUCUUAGUCAAGAGCAAGCAUCACAGAUGUCCCAGAAGGCAAUAGUUCGUGUGCUAACAAGUGUGGGUUUCGAAGCUGCUUCAGAAGUUCCAAUGGAAGUAUUGUCUCAGUUGCUCAGCUGUCAUAUAUGCAAACUAGGUCGUAUCUUGAAAGUCCUUGCUGAUAGUUACAGAAAGCAGUGUUCAGCUAUUGAACUACUUAAGAUGUUCCUUCAAACAGCGGGAUAUAGUAAUCUUGGGGCUUUAGCAGAGAUUGUGAAGGAUAAUUCUAGGAAUGUUGUACCACAAACUCAGCAACAAUUACAGGGAAUCCAGUCACAGUUACAAUCACAACACCAGACCCCCCUUCGCCAACCCCAGCAAAUACCAAAACAAAUGCAUCCACAGACUCAGCAGGUGGUUCAUCCCCAAAAUCUGGCUUUUCAGCAACAACAGUGGGACAGAAUGCGGAGGCGCCAACCAGCCGCACCUCAUCCCGGCAUGAAUAUGAAUAUGGAUAAAGAAAGGCCCAUGGUGGAAGUCAAGCUUGAAAACCCUUCUGAAUUUCCAAUGGACAGUAAUGUCUUUGGCACAAUUAAUACAAGACAUCCACAACUGCAGUUUCGGCAGCAGCAAAUUGCUGCAAUGUCAAAUUACCAUGCUCAAUCCACCAAUCAGUUUAGGCAAUUGGCUUCCCUUCAAAUGCCCCAAGUGCAGACACCGAACGUGGGACUUGUUAGGGCUCCGCCGGUGAAGGUUGAAGGCUUUCAGGAAUUGAUGGGCGGGGAUGCUACACUGAAGCAUGAUUCUGAGGAAAAUAAGCUGACUUCUCCAAAGUAAGUAUUUCUGGGAAUGAUCAAUAUAGCUCUGGGUACUUUCUCUGCCUUCAGAGGUGGAAUCUUUUUUGUUGUAAAUCUUCUCUUCCUGUAUAUUUUGAUCUAACAAGUACAUUCGAUCUAAUAGAAUGAUUUUGCUGUAUCCAGACUAAUACCAAUCCAACCCAUUUCAUGAAUAAAAUGUGACCAAUUAACCAACCAACAAAA